AUGGACCUGGGCACAAUGCACUCUAAGCUUCUGUCACGCAGGUGUUAUGCAACGGUCGGACAGUACCUGAGUGAUCUACGUCUCAUGUGCACCAACGCCAUGCGCUAUAACCCACCGGAAACAGUUUACUACCAGAAAGCACGCAAGUUACUGGCGUUUGGUGAAAAACUGCUUUCAUUGGUAUCCGUGCAACGCAUUUGUGCUGAUCUUGAUCUGCCGGAGGGUCUCACGGCCGCUGAAGUGGCUGGCCUUGAACAUCGGCCACCAGCUCAUCGACACUGGACGCCUACCGCGUCUGCCACCUCACCGCAUCACUUC